AAUAAAAUAUUUUUAUCAGGGGAGAGGAGGGAGAGGUAAGCAAAGGCCGCGUCUGAACUGAACUCUAAACUCUGGUGUAAAGAUUAGUAUACUCGCAAUCAUAACAUUGCUCAUUGAGCCCUGUUGAGCAUGAGCACUGCGCGAGUAUUCGUUAUUCAACACUGCUCCGUCAACUCGGAACGUUUUGAACAUCAGUGCGAAGUAGGCAUUUUUGUGUGGCCUAACCUACACAUGAUACUCUGAGACAAAGCUUUUUGCGAGGAGGUGGAGAACUUUUUCGAUUCAAAACAUGAGUCGCGUAGAUUUAAAGGUCGUGUUAUUGGGCAACGCAAUGGUGGGAAAGACGAGUCUCAUGGAACGAUAUGUACAUGACUUGUUUAACGGCAGUAGACCCUACCAGAAUACAAUAGGCACUGUGUUUGCAGCGAAGCGAGUGCAAGUGAACGAUGUGACACUUAUUAUGGGAAUAUGGGACACUGCAGGUAGUGAAAGAUAUGACGCAAUGACUAGAACAUAUUAUCGUGGUGCUAAAGCUGCCAUAGUGUGCUAUGAUAUUACAAAGUCGAGUACAUUCCAAAGAGCGAAGCAUUGGGUGAGAGAACUCAGGAGUGUUGAGGAGAAUUGUAAAGUGUAUCUUUGUGCCACCAAGAAGGAUUUGUGCGAUGAAGGUUUUGCGUCGGACGAUCCAGAUAUGCAGAACAUGGUAGAAAAGUACGCGAGCGGUACGCAGACCAAGCUUUUUAUAACGUCUAGUAAAACGGGAGAGAACGUAGCCGAGAUGUUCGAUGAAAUCGUACAAGAUUUCGUGUCCAAUCCAGAAAAUUUACAAAAAGUAGAAGAAGCAAUUGUCCUGAGCAAACAGACUAAAGAAAGGUAUUGUUGCGCAACCUAACAGAAUCAGUAUUAAUACUCAUUAUAUUCCUUUAUGUUUUUAAUACUAGAUAAUUUGUCCCAGAUAUUAUAAUAUUCUCGUAAUAAAAUAGAUUCUGCUGUUUUGUUAAUGACCAAUGUGAUAUUGUUUUGCUCAGUAAUUAGCAAGAAUUUAGAAUUUUAUACACGCAAUGUUGUUAGCAUAGCAAAAUUAGAUUUUUCAGCAAAUAGUAAAUUUAAAAAAGUAUAGAAUGUGUCCAUAUGAUAUCGUAUUUUUUAUAAUUGAAGUAAUAUAUAUAUAUAUAUAAUUAAGAAAUAUUUUUAAAUAUGUGCCUCAUGACUUAAAUCAGCUUGAAGAUAAUUUUUUUUAUAUUGGCAAAUGAUAUUUAAUUGAUCAUAAUCAUAUUCAUACAUGAUUAUGAAUCACAAUUGCGAUAAGAUUCGAACUGAUAUAAUCACAAUUCUUGAGUGUAACAUGAAAUAUAGGUUUUCUUUUUUCAAAAUUUUCCGUAGAAAAUCUUAAGCACUUGUACUUAUUCCUUAUGUAGGAACUAGAAAUUGUUUUAUUUUCUUCUAAAACUCUUGAUAUGCUGAAAAUGGAUAAAUGUAAUUUUGUAAACUUUAAUUUUGUGUCAGUAAAGUAUUAAUGAGUAAA